AUGUCCUCAAGAACAUCUUCGUCUUACUCGUUAUCUUCGUCGGGAGGGAACCUUAGUGGACAGCAAAGAACUACCAUCGGUAGUAUUCUCUCUGCAGCAACGGCUUUAGGGAAUAAUAACGGCUCAUCAGGUGAUUCAAAGAAGAAAUUUAUAUCAAAAUAUCAACAUACCAGACAUAAUAUAAAGGAAACAAACAAACAGAAUAAUUUGGAAGAGUUGCAGAAAAAGAAAAUGUCUUUGGAGGUUUUACAGAGUGGGUUUAAGAAAAUGUCAAAUAUGAAAUCAAACAUGUACAAUCAAAUGGUACAUGAAUUGGAUGAGGAUGAUUUGUAUUCAACUUACAAACCACAAGUUCCGACAAAGCAACCUCCUUCUCUUCCUACCUCCAGCAACAAUUCCUCUAAUUCCAGUCCUCAAAAACCAAAUAAUAGGGAAAGAUCAAGAAAAUUUUUAGAGAGCUUGGAAAUUUUGAAAAACAAGCUUCCAAAUAAUGCCAAGCAGCAGACAGCUCAAAGUCCAGCAACAAAUUUAUCUAAUAUUUCUAACAUUUCCGAUGGUGAAGAGGAUGAGUAUGAGCAUAUGGAACCCUUGGAUAAUUCUCACAAUGGAUCAUCCUCAGAUUUCGAUGAAGAUGAUGCUGAUUUGGAAAAGGAGUUGGAACAAGAAAUUGCAAGUCUUGAUGAACAAAUUUAUGGAGCUGGUAUUGAUUUAAGAGGUAGUAACUCAUUCUCCAAACACAUUGAUAAUUCAUACAACUCUUUCAAUUUUGAUGAGCCAGAAAGACAAGUAAACUUAAUCCCAGAAAAAACAAUCACAAUUACUCCUCACAAAGAACUUGACAACUCCUUAUCAAAGGAUGAAAUAGAACUCUCCAAAUUAGACCGUUUAAAGGAAUUGAUUGAAUAUAGGAAAGAGCUGGAUAGAAGAGAGGCCUUGAUAGACAAGCUAGUUUUUGGUUUGAAAAAAGAAACACAAAUACAUCAGUAUAAACUGAGAGAGAUGGAGAAGUUUUGUAAAGAAUUCUCAUGGUCUGACGACAACAUUUUGGAAGACAUUAAGAAGAACUUGUUUAAUGAAAAUGAUACAAUUUCUCUGGGAACAGACGAGGAUUAA